AUGGCUAACCAAACAUCACAACCCCUCAACAGACAGCUGCGCAUCCCCUUCCCUAUGCCCCGCCUCGCCUCCACGGCCCUCAAAGCCCUCCAAGUCGACCCCGAACUCUCGCCCCUCGUCCAAAGACAUCUUUCCGUCGUCUCGUCCUCAAGCCCCAGCUCAGACGACCAUGCGGAGGUGCUGCAGGUAGAAUACCAGGCCACGACCAACCGAAUGUUGCGAGUCGCCGUCAACUCCUUCAUGGAGGGCCUCAAGCUGGUCUUGGAAGUCAUGGAGCAGUUGGACGUCGACGUAUUAGCUGCAGACAAGGCGAAUUCAAUAAAGUCUCCAUGA